UGCAUUUUGGCCAGUCACGGCCACCAUAAACAUCAGAUGCUAUAAUGAUGACGUAGUAACAUGGCGGCUCGCACCGGGCCUGCCUUAAUUUUUUGAAAAGCUGGAAAGUCGAGAUUUGUCGUUCUUACAUCUUAUCACAAAAUGACAGUUUGUAAUUUUUUUUUACAAGGCCGGUGUCGGUAUGGAGAGAGAUGCUGGAAUGAACACCCACAAAGCGGCGGCGGUGGUUACAACAACAACCGUGGUCAGCAGUCCAGCAGUUACCGAGGCGGAGGCUAUGGAAACAAAGUGUGGGUGAACCCUUCACAAAGGUCUGGACGAGACUAUGUUGCACCUCCCUCCUUUGCCAGGGGGGGUAAUGACUGGGGGAGAGGAGGUGGUGGCGGCGGUGGUGGAGGAGAGCGGGACAUAAAGGCCUCCGGUUUUAGCUUCACUGCUCAUAACCGCUUCACUGCCCUGGACACCCAACAGACCUUUGAUCACAGUGGUCAAGAUGAGAACGAUAAACUCUUGGAGACUAUCAAGAAGGAUAUGGAAAGCUGGGAAAGCUCUGGGCAGUGGCCACUUUCCUGUUAUUCAGCUCAAAAAGCUUCCAUCUCUGGUUUUUCGGAGUUGUCUCCAGAUGAGUUAAGGCUGGAAUAUUACAAAUGCAGAGAAUCAGGAAGCCUGCAGACCUAUGCCGCCUCCGUGCAACAGCUGUUCAGCCAGUGGAGUAACAGAGUGCAGGAACUAAAGAUCUUGAAUUCAGACUCACGUGCCCAGCUGAUAUCAGAAUUAAACAACCCAGAUCCUCAGCCAUCAUCAGUGAGUUUUGCUUCUACAGCACCAACCUUCACAAAAGCAGGCUUUGGAGCUGUCAGUUCAGACAUCAACAGCUUCAGUUUCAAAGCUUCCAGCAGCGGCUUCGGGUCUGCAGACACGCAGAGAAGCCCAUCAGGCUUCGGGGCCACAAGUCUGGCACCGACCGGGUUCGGGUUUUCGGACAGCGGCCCGUCCACCGCCCCCUCUGCUUCCUCCUUCUCCUUCGCCGCUCCCGUUCUGACUGACAAGGAGAAGCCCACCGGUAUUGGCGGAGCUGUUAAUGUCUCUGAGUUCUCCUUCUCGCUGCCCUCGGUCGGGAACGUGUUUGUCUCCAAGGGGGACAGCUCCUUCGCACAGCCCAGUGGCACGAUCGGUGCGAAGGGGCCAGCGCCGACAGUAGGUGGCGCUGUGAGCAUGACGGGGAAACUCUACACGCCGCAGAGUGAGCUUACGGCGGAGGAGCUGAAGGAGUUUGCAGGGAAAAGGUUCACAUUGGGGGAGAUCCCUCUCAGACCCCCACCUGCAGACAUGCUGGUUGUGUGAUGCAUGGACUCCAUAAAGAAGGCUUUGUUUUGUGUAUCUAUUUUGUAUUGUAAUACAUUUUAAGAAUAAAUUACCUAAACAUUAA